AAAAAAAAAAAAGUCUCUGUCGAUUCCUCUUGCUUACCAAACAAGAACAAAAUAGGAAACAAAACAUGGUAAGAAGGGAGAGAGCAUAUAUCCACCUGCUGCUUAGAAGACGACCCACGGCAGCAAAGACCCACCCACGACGGAGACAAAUCCAAUGCUAAUCUCCAUUCCUAUCUUCAACUCAACUCACACUACAUACAAUUUCUUCUAAUAUGGUUUUCACUCAGGAUUCUUAACUCUCUUUAAUAACUAGUUUAGUUUGAAGUAAUCAUUUGAGUUUUUGGUUGAAAUGGCUUACUCUUUUCUACCCUUAAGAUUUAGACAUCUCUUUAUUGUUGUUAUCUUUGUUGCCACUAUACUUCUUUUCCAAUCUUACUGGAAAACAUUCUCUAUAUUGUUGGAUGUGCCUACAUUCAUUGCAAACAAUGUUACUAUAUUGGAUCAUGAAUUUGAUUCUGAUGAGGGAAGAAUCUUCCGUAGUGAGAGUUUUGUAGUUGAUAAUCACGAAGAAGAAAUUCACAGUUUCACUCCGAAAAGGUUGCGCGAUGAAAAUGGAAUACAAAGUUUGGAAUUUGAGUCUAAAAAUGGGCUUUUGAAAACUACUUUGUCUGUAUUGAAUAAUAAAUCUAUGACGGGUUCCUCGACACAGACAAGUAAGUUGGCGUGGCCGACUUCGUUAACAGCGUUGAAUUCUCGGUUGAUUCGGAGUUUUAAUUCUUCUUCUAUGAAGCCAGAGUGGUCUUCCCGACGUGACCGUGAACUCUUAUCUGCAAAACUGGAGAUUGGAAAUGCAAAUGCCAUAUCAAAUUCUCCGGGACUUUAUGCACCUCUUUACCGGGAUGUUUCCAAAUUUUCAAGGAGUUAUGAGCUGAUGGAGCGGAAGCUCAAAGUUUAUAUCUAUAGAGAAGGAGAAAAACCGAUAUUUCAUCAACCAAAGAUGAGAGGAAUUUAUGCCUCAGAGGGAUGGUUUAUGAAAUUGAUGGAGGGAAGUAAAAGAUUCAUUGUAAAGGAUCCUAAAAAAGCUCAUUUAUUUUACCUUCCAUUCAGUUCGCAAAUGCUAAGGGCUAAUAUUUCCAACAAUAAGCUGAUGGAGCAAUACCUUGAAAGAUAUGUGAAUUUAAUUGCGGGAAGAUAUCGUUUUUGGAACAGAACUGGAGGAUCAGACCAUUUUCUCGUCGCCUGUCAUGAUUGGGCUUCGCGGAUCACAAUGCAACCAAUGAAAAAUUGUAUUCGGUCUCUGUGCAAUGCUAAUGCUGCUAAAGGAUUCCAAAUAGGGAAGGACACUACUCUACCUGUUACGUACAUUCAUUCUGUGAUGAAUCCACUAAGAAAAAUCGCUGGUAAACCUCCCUCAGAAAGGACUAUACUAGCCUUUUUCGCAGGAGGCAUGCACGGUUAUCUCCGUCCGAUCUUACUAAAACACUGGGAGAACAAAGAACCCGACAUGAAAAUUUUUGGUCAAAUGGCACGUGACGCAGAAGGUAAAAGAAUUUAUAUGGAGUACAUGAAUAGCAGCAGAUAUUGUAUAUGUGCUAGAGGUUAUGAAGUUCACACACCAAGAAUAGUCGAAGCGAUAUUUUCCGAGUGUGUGCCGGUUAUCAUAUCAGAUAAUUAUGUGCCUCCUUUCUUUGAGGUGUUGGAAUGGGAAGCAUUUUCGGUAUUUGUUCGCGAAAGCGAUGUCCCUAGUCUUCGAGACAUACUUCUCUCAAUUCCAGAAGAGAAGUACUUGGCAUUGCAUUUUGGAGUAAAGAAGGUUCAGCAACAUUUUCUGUGGCACAAAAUUCCUGUUAAGUUUGACUUAUUUCAUAUGAUUCUUCACUCUGUAUGGAACAAUAGACUUUCUCAAAUGAGACUCAAGUAAUGAUAUCAUUGAUGUUAACAAGUUGUGUCUAAGUAGAUCUGAGGUAGAAGAUGUAAAUAGAUAUAUUCAUAUAUGUUUAUUUAUCUUUGAGAGCUAUUUUUACCUUUCAUGAUUUCUUAAAAAUCACACCUUAUGCA